AUUUAUUUAAGCCUUGUGAGAAGCCCCUGCUCUCAUCUGAUAGGUUAUAAACUUGUCUCCCUAUUAGACAGUUAACCUAAUCAGACUUAUAAGAAUAGAGAGCAGUUUUUCUCACCUAGGCUCAAAACACAAAAGGACUGAUUCUUCGCUCAUAUCAGAAAUUGUCGAAGUCCUUCCAUCGUCCACGGGAUUUUAUUUUGCUUCUUCAAGAAACCGUUACUACAAAGUCGCAUACAUUGGAAAGCGACAUCACUAGAAGAGAACAAAAAUUCACUUCAACAAUUAUUAUCAAUGGAUCCAAAUUUUGGUGCAUCUUGUUCCAAUGUCACGGAGGAAAAUUUGAACCGUUACAGGCAUUUUGUCAAUGAAAUUCUCACCAAAGUUCAAAGGCUUGAGAAGCAAGUUAAUGAGGUUGAACAGUUCUACAAUCCCACUGAUGGUGUUCAAGUUAAUCAUUACAAAGGGAGGGGGAUGCAUCUUUCUGGCACCAAGAAGUCAAUUUUACAAGGUGGAUCAAGUAGGGAAGUUCUGGGAAUGCAAGAGCUCAUGCACCGGUUUGAAACAAUAUUGGAUGAGAUAACUCAGGAUAGAUGGGCUGAACCCUUCUUGGAACCUGUAGAUGUUAAGGGUCUUGACUUGUAUGACUAUUAUGAGAUUAUUGAGAAGCCUAUGGAUUUCAGCACAAUAAGAAGAAAAAUGGAUGCCAAGGAUGGCUCUGGUUAUAAGAACGUGCGGGAGAUAUAUUCUGAUGUCCGGUUGAUUUUUAAGAAUGCAAUGAAAUAUAAUGACAGAAAACAUGAUAUCCAUGUUAUGGCGAAGAACUUGCUGGAGAAAUUUGAGAAGAAAUGGCUGCAACUUUUGCCUAAAGUUGUUGAGGCGGAGAGUGAAAGAUUAGCGGAAGAACGGUUGAAUGCACACAUUGCCCAAGAAGCCAAUUGUGCCAAUAUGGCUAGGGAAAUAAGCUUUGAGCUAGGUGAGGUUGACACAGAUUUAAAGAAUCUCAAAGCAAUGGUGAUUGAAAAUUGCAGGAAACUGUCAGCUCAAGAGAAAGUAACGCUUGGGACAGCUCUCACCAAAUUGUCUCAUGAAAACCUCAUGAGGGCAAUGCAGAUAAUUUCUGAGAACAACCCAAACUUCCAGCCAGAUGUUGAAGAGGUGAACCUUGACAUUGAUGCUCAGAGUGAUUACACACUGUGGAGAUUAAAUAUUUUUGCUAAAAGUGCACUAGAGGUUCAAGGAAGAACACAUGCAGACACAGUUGCUAACCAUAACAGUAAUGUUGAGGAGGAGGAGAGAAGCAACAAAAGGAGGAGAGUUUAAUGGUUCCUGUGUCAAAGACACAAUUUUGAUCUGGAGCAUUCUGAUAUACUUUUAUGUGUUUUUACUUGGUGGUGAUUGUUGGUGGUGAUAUGAUUUUUGUUCUUCAGUUUUUUGUGAUAUAGAGUAUGCAAGUCUGGAUUUUUUUUUGCACAGGUGGUGCUUUGUUAUAUUGUUCUGAUUAGGAUUUGAUUAUACUUGGUUUAUAGAUGUCAUUUGGCUUGGUUUCAGCCAUUAGUUUAAUCUCUUUUAGUGGUAAUAAAAAACCAUCUUCUGCAAAUUAUCCCUUCUUUUGUACAGCCAUAAAAAUGAUCAACCAUAUAUCUUAGUUGCUCAAUUCAUGACCAA